AUGAACUCCACCAACAGUGGUGAACCUCUAUCGCAAGCCUUCGACUCUCCCGAGCUUCUGCAAGCCUCCAGCUCCGGUCUGUUUACACACCGGAUAUCAGAUAUGGGUAGUCCCAUCUUGUCUCUCAGACCUUCGAGUCCAAUAGGCCACUCCUCGCAGCGCCGCAGCUCCAGAUCCACUCUGAGUGCGAUUCUCGACAGUUGGUUUGCCGAUGUUGGGAAGUCAGCCGACGACGCCUCUGAUCCUGACAUUGAGAAACAGCGUAUGGAAUUGGAGAUAUCGGAGAAUUGGCGAUUCAUAAGUGAGUGCAUCGCAACGAUUAAAAAGGGAAAUCAACCUGGAAUAUUUUCUCGAAGACGUCUACAAAAGCUGAUGGAGGAGGAGAUGUAUCGUAAUUCGGCUUUGGCUCUCGCUAACAUGAACGUGGGCCAUCCUGUUCCCAAAGGGCAGAGCCAUAUUGCUGAUGUGUUCCUCGACUCCUGGGAUCAAUACAAGGCGUACGUCUGGCUUUUCAAUCAAAUUGGUAUGGGCAUACGACAAAGCUGUCGCCCACUCACCACUACCUUCAUUGAUUCGCGGGGUGACGUGGUGUCCGCCGUAGGACUGGCGCAGGCUUUCCGCGACCUCUUCACUUCGCAGGCAGAACGGGAACGUGUAGCUCAUGGCGGCGUCUGCAGCGCCUUCUGUUUGUUGGAGAUGGCUCACACUCACCACCACCUACUGCCGAAACGGCGGUCUGCAGCGUCGCAGCCACCGGUGGUGCCGCACAAGGUUUCGCAGACACCUCUCGCUGCCUCGGUUCCCACAUCCCGGAGGCAGUCGAUUGAGGUUCCCAUCUCACCGAGGCUCAAAUCCGAUAGCGAAGUUCAGGAAAAAGGCUUAGUCUUUACAUUCACGGAGUUACGACCUAAUCCACCGAACCCUGCGCCGCAGCAGCAACAUCAUCAGGACGCCAACCAGUUUAGUUUUCACUAUCUCCGUGAUAUGCCCGACCUCGUAGAGCUAUCUCAGAAGCUACAAAUUCGCUUAGCCGAUGCCUUCAGGAACAGCUUGACCACCCAGUUCUCAAAAAAUGGGGACAGCAAAGAGAUGGGGGGGGAUCUGAGGGCCUAUCUUACCCGAGAGACGGCAAUUCGUCUCUCCCAGCGCCUAUUGGCCAGUCAAGGGGUGCUAGAGGUGCAACAUAAACCCGCCCAAUCACGAACCCGCAAGACUCGCCCCUUCUUGCACUCGCCCCACACCCUAGAUGAUGAAAGUGAAAUGACCUCGACGAGAUGGGCCGGACAGCAACGAUGUCAGGGCGUGAGCAGCAGCAGCCGGGAGCUAUGGGGCCCUGGUGUUACACACUACUCAUCGAUACGAAGACGACGUAAUUUGCAUGUAGCGCGGAUGGAAUGUUUCUGUUGUCAUCAACGUUAUCGUCGUCAUCGUCCUGUCAUGUCUGCUGUUGUCUUUCUCUCCACCUCCGAUUCGAGGAAACCCUUCAAUGUAAUCAACCCGCAAAAUCCCACACCCUCACAACCGCUUUCAGUCGUCAAACAGUCGCAAAAUGAUAAAUACGAGGGGACCGAUUUGACCAAUUCUAGUGGCAUUUCAAUGGACAUGGUUAAAGACGUGGUGCUUUUGUCCCCUUUCAAGAGCGCUGUCUCUCUUGGCUAUAGAUAUCGACAUGGACGCCUCUUCCAAAUGGCCCUUCAAGUGUCUUCAUCCGUGAAGACUCUACCUCCAUGUAUCUCUGUUCCAGCUCUCCGGAUCAGUCUCGCUGACCAUAAGUCCGACAAUACAACACGAACAACCAGUACUGCCUCCGUUUCCGAUGGCAAGGACGAAAAAAGCGAGAAGGAAAAAGGGAAGGAGAAAGAGGAGAUAGUGGAUCUGAAACCGGAGCAGCUGGGUUCAAAAAUCGGUCACACAUACCUUUUCGAGGAGGCUCUGAUCAAUUCUACGGACUCGAAACUUUGGACUAACAUGCAGUUUUGGGAAGACCUAUUCCUGGACACCGUCGCCCAGGAGCGAGAUUUGCUAGGCAUGAACUUCAAUCCCGAAGGUCUGCUGGAACACUACUCUCACCUGACCCCAGUCGCUCGAAAGCAUCUGGAGUUGAGCGAGGAUGCCCUUCUAGCUGAAGUGAUGCAUAAUCUCAUCGCCUUCAUGGUGAUGGCUCGCAUCCCACCUGAUCUCAUUUGUCGCAAGGUUCGCCGCCUUAUCGCUAAAAGUCACACGGGGCUGCACUACACACAGAAGAUCACACAAUUGCUUGACUCCCUCGAAUGGCUGCUUGUCUUUGCUGAACUCCAAUUCUCACACCACAGCAUUUUGGAGUCUUGGGUCCUAUCCAUUGCCUACCCUUUUUUGAAAGCGCAGUGCAAACAGUUUGAACUCGUACAAUGUAGGCUUCGAUGCAUUGCUCCCCAUUACGCAGAAGUUGGGAUUACUGUGGCUUUUGAUAGCACCGCUGUUGUGAGUGUGGAUUUUGCUAGGGGAAAUGACAUUGAUCUCCUCCCAAUCGCUAGUCGACAAUUCACGCCCGAAACCUUCUCCGUCUACCCUGCAUGGAUCAAGGACUCCGAGAUGCUUACAAUGGAGAUCUACGGUGAUUUUUUGCUAACGCGCUCGCCGAAUGGCAGUGUGUUUUGCCGGUGGUGGUUCGAUCAGGUUAUCAACGUGACGUACUCACCGAUGCAGUAUACCAUCGACUUCCAAACUCAGCUGGAAAAAAAGAUAGAACGAUUUUCCUUCACCUCUACUGAUACCACUUCCCUCUUUGCCUCUAUCGCAUCGGCUAUAAGUCGGGCAAGGUCGAAAAGUCCACAAGGGCAAAUUAGUGAGUUGCAUUUGUUAGAAUGA